AUGCGGCGGGGGCACACCAUCGUCUCCCCAGACGGGAGGGCCAGAGACCCGCAGGACACGGCGACCGGCCCGCGGGAGGCAGACCGGGGACCCGACCCGCGCUCGGGAGAGCACAUCGGAGCAGGGGACGAGGCGGGGGUUGUGCUGGGGGGGUCACGGGUGCUGCCCCUCGCCCAGCCGGCGACGACGUCGGCGGACAGGCGGCGGCGGCAAAGCGGGCAACGGAUCGGGGCCGCGGCAGGCCCGGGGAAGCGAGACACACCAGGGCGCGACCCCGGGGAGCAGCAGAUGGGGAGCGGACCGAGACAGACGGACGGACGGACGGACGGAGAGGGGCACCGGCGGUGUGCGGCCACGUGA